AAAGCUAUUACCUGCAUUGUAGCAUGGGUCCCACUCCCCUCACUCGCUCUCUCUCCCCUCGGUCUCAUCGCUCCGCAGAAGGAAAUCGGUGCCUAAUUUCGCACAGACGUACGCAUCCAGUAAUCAGGUUAUUCAGAAGAGCUUGUUGUCUUCAAGGGAAACCUCAGCCUGAACUUUUUUUCUGUGGUUCUUUUUACAUCAUACAUAAAUAGUCAUUGCAAUAUUGACGUUGAUCGAAAGGUCAGAUAACAAUGGAAAAAUAAACUAUCAGCUUGUUCUGCAAAGCACUAAGAUUGGAAAAGUGUAGAAAUCUGGGGAAGAGGCACAUGAACCAAUUUCCGUUGAUGGCUGAAAAACCAAUCAUCAUCUCCUGAAAGCAUCACUGGACAUUAUGAGUUUACAGGGCAAUCUCAGUAGCCCCUUCACCCCUGAACCUCAGGACAAUGAAGGUGGAGAGACCAAAAACAACAACAAGCCAGCAUGUUUUGUAUCCCAGGGUGAUACCAAUGCCAACGCCAUCCAGGUGGAGGUUACAGGCUAUGUGGGCACUCCACCUCCGCUGGUAUCUCAGAGUGACAGGCAAGACAAGAUUGACAGCUGGGAAAUGGAUUCCCCAGUUGAUGACCCUGACCUGGAAGAGUUUGAGCUGCUAGAAUGCCAGGAACUUGAGGCUUUCUUGGAAGCAGAGAUGGAACAUCAUGAGAAAGCAGAUGAGGCUAUGCCAGUAAGUGAACUACUUUCUGGCCAAAACAUUGUAGAGUUUAACACUGCUACUGCUGAAAUUAUGAGUGAUGGACAGAAUGACGCACAUGAAGAAGACAAAGCAACCUCAGGUGGAGGAAGGUCCAUAUCGCACUUCCAUUCAGGGAAUGAUGCUUUGGUAUCUCGCCUCUCUGCUUCCAUUUCUGGGGAAAGCACUGGACAGGCACUUGCCACAGACUCCCAGGUUACUUCAGUUAAACUGAACUGGGCCGCACAACCCAUACGCACUACCUCAGCCAAAUUUGGAAACUUACAGCGACCAAGUAAGUCUGUUGUCCUCUGUGGAAUGAGCAUGGUGCAAUCCAGCAACAACAAUCUAAACAGGAACUCCUCUACUCUAUCUCAGGAACCUUCCCAGGAUGCACCACUGGAACAAGCAAGCCAUGGAUUAAAAAGAGGCCCUGCUGAACAAGACUCUGGAACACUUAUCAAUGGUGCGGGCAAAUGUCAGCAGAAGAUGAUGGAUACAAAGGAGAGAAAGCACUUACAACAGCAGAACACCCAAGAAAAAGAAGGUGGUGAACAUAAUGCACGUAAGAAGAUUUACAAGCCAGGAUACGGUGUGUCCUCUGACCCAACAACCAGUGAAAGGGUACAACUAAGUCAACAGCUACUAAACCGCAUAUCCUGCACUGAAACAGAUAAGGGACUGUUUGCAGGUCGUUUUGUUGUGGAAAGUCAAUCCUUGCACCUAAUUUCCCAGUCUCCAGAAAGAUCUAGUCACAAAACAAAUGAAACGGUUGCUGAGAAACCAGAGCAAAAAACUCAUCACCAAGGAAUGUCCAGUCACACAGAGCCUAAAACUGUUCAGAAAGAGCACUCAGGAGAUCAUGAGCAGAGCACAACUCCGUCCAGCCUGGAGAACACGAUGAACCUGACUCCGAGGUCUUGUGACAGCCCCACAUCUGCAAUGAGCCAUUCAACUCCCAAGACUAUAGGGUCACCAAAGAAGAGACUCUUAUCUCCUAGCAAAGGUGCUGGUUUUCGUAUUUCUCAUCCAGAUCUUGACAAUGAUCAACAGGUGCUCAUGAGUGGGCUGAAAGCCCCUUCCAAGGUGUGUGUCAGCAGUGGCAUUCCGAAACCAAUCCUUCAUCAUCCAUCUAAAAUAAUGGAGAAGACUGAGCUGGAAAACAGUAAUGAGAGGUCCCCUCCACCCAAGCCCAAAAAUGUUCGCCCCAAGAUUAUCACAUACAUACGCAAAAGCCCUCAGGUCAAACCACAUGGGUUGGAGGCACCAUAUGAAGUCUCCACUCUACCCACAAGGCUCACAGCUUACACCAGCUCCCCAUCUACCAAGGAUUCGAAAGCACUUGUAGACCCCAGGACCUCACCAGUGCUCAGUGCAUCCAACCUGCUAUAUGACAAGUAUCGACAGGAGAUGCAGAAGACACGCCUUUUUCCGACAGGACUUAUGGUCUCUGGAAUCAGACCUCCAAGCCAUAACAUCCAUCCCAAGUUGACGGGGAAACCUGAGGGCUUCUGUGGAGACCUGCCUGAGGGGGGCAGAGAUGACGUUAACCUUGGGGCUGCCAAACAGAAGGACAUGGCGGCCUCUCAGUUCGGCUGCCACGAGGCUGCAGGUGUGUUCCGUGCACCGAGGGCCCUGAGGCCACAGCUGGGCCUUGGAGCUGUCAACCGGAUCCCAUCCAUGAAGAACCGGAUGCUCCUGGCUGGUCAGAAGUCUGCUUUAGUCGUGAGCCAGCCAGUGCAGGCAGUCACCCCCAUUUCCCAUGCUCACCAGGACCCAGCAGAUCAGAAGAAGCCCACCCCUGUGCCAGCCCCCAAGUCCUUUCUGCACAAACCCGGGCAGUCGGGUCUGCGUCCCCCUGGCUAUUCCCGCCUGGCACCUGCCCGUCUGGCUGCCUUUAGCUUCGUCCGGAGUGCCAGCAUCUCAUCUGCAUCCAGCAACCAGUCAAACGACAGCACCCGCAGCGACCCCUGCCGCCCUGUUAAUCGCUCCAGCUGUGGCAAUGAGGAUCCUCAGCCCUCCCCCAAGGCUGCUCCUGCACCUAAUGAGGCUCCCAGGGCUUCCAGCCGGAGCAGCCCCCAGCCCCCCUGCACCCCCAUCCCUGCCCGCCGCUCCCUCCUCCCCGCAUCUCGCAGUUCCCCAGUAGCUUCUAGGAAGGAAAUCCAGAAUGAAGAGGAAGCUCCCAGGCCAGCAGUGUCUUCACCCAAGAGGUUUGCUGUGGUAUCACCCAGGCCACAGUCUCCAGUACAUACACGUCAGAAGCCAGUGACUGCACGGGCCCCAGUAGCCAGUGACCCGCCCAGGCCGGGGCCGGUGGGAGGGCAGGACGCGGAGGCGGCGGCGGCGGUGAAGCAACUGCGGGAGCAAUGCCAGGAGCAGGCGCGGAGGCUGCUGCGCUUGCAGGCAGAGCUGAGAAAGGCCACGAGCUGCCUGGAGGCCCUCGCCAUCAGCACCCAGCACUUCUGCCUCAAGAGUAACCAGGCCACCCAGAAGGAGAAAGAACUGUCCCUGGAACUCGAGAGGAUCAGAGAUGAAGUGGCCUCCAGCACGUCUCGCUGGGAGCGCCUUCAGAGGGACAAGGAGACCCUGGAGCGGAGCUUUGAGCGUGAGCUACAGGUGCUGCAGACACAGCAGGAGGCGGAGCUUGGUGCUCUGGAGGCGGGGCUAAGGGCACAGCACAUGGAGGAGAAGGAACACUUGCGAUCUCAGCAUCAGGCUCAGCUGGAGGAGCUGCAGAACCACCAGCAGGACAAGAUUCAGGAUAUGACCAUGAACCACGAGGUGGCCAUGGAGGACAUGGAGAACAGCCAUAACUCAGCCGUGGUAGCACUACGGGAAGAGAAUGAGGCCGGUCUGAGAGAGCUGAGGAUGACGCACGAGCAUCAAAGGAAAGCCAUGGAGGAGAACUUUGAGCAGAUCAGGCUUUCGCUUCAGGACCAGGUGGACACACUGACAUUCCAGAACCGCACCUUGCGAGAUCGGGCCAAACGUUUCGAGGAAGCGCUUCGGAGGAGCACCGACGAGCAGAUUGUGGAUGCCCUGGCCCCUUAUCAACAUAUUGAGGAGGACCUGAAGAGCCUGAAGGAUGUGCUGGAGAUGAAGAAUCAGCAGAUCCAUGAGCAGGAGAAGAAGAUCUGUGAGCUGGAAAAACUGCAGGCCCAAAAGAACAUCUUCCUGGAGGAGCGAGUCCAGGUGCUGCAGCAACAGAAUGAGGACCUGAAGGCCAGAAUCGACAACAACCUGGCUCUCUCCAGGCAGCUCUCUGAGGAGAACGCCAACCUGCAGGAGCACGUGGAGAAGGAGAGCAAGGAGAAGAAGCGACUGAGCCGCAACAACGAAGAGCUGCUCUGGCGCCUUCAGACGGGCGAGCAGAGCCCCCGAAUGCUCUCCCCGUCCUCGUCACCGGCCCAUCGCGGCUCUCCGGGGGCCACUUCCCCCUCCUGGCCACAGCCCCUCCCCAGAUGAGCUACCCCCCUCCCAGCGUCUCGGCCUUCAUCCGUCCCCCAACUUUCCCUCUUAGCCCUCUGCAGCCUAGAGAUCCUGACCUAUAACUCGCCUUCCUGUGCUGGACAAACCCAAACCUGUUUAUCCCAAUAAUAUUUCCCAUCUUCAAUUUGCAUAAGAGAGACUUGUGUAUCAUUUUGUAGCUUAAGGAUGAACUUAUGAUUCCUGCCCAGUCACACACAGUACAUAUUUACAGACAGAUACAGACAUAUCACUUCUCCUUUGCACACUAUAUAUAUAUUCUCCUGACUUUGAAGUUAGAAAAACAUUCUCUGACUUCUUGGAAUUGUACAUGAACAAAUUUGCGAUAAGUAGAGUUUUUUUUUUUUAGUCUUUAACAGUUUCAAUAUUUCUCCUUUUUAUGAAUAAUAAAAAUCACAUAGACAAGGACAGCGGAUAUCACUGCUGGCUUCACAGACAUUGGUCCAAGUGCCGGCAACCAAGAAAAUGGACUGAAAGCACGUGCGUGACGUGGGUCUGUCUCCAUGUGGGUACAUAUCUAUAAGGUUUGUCUUUUCUUCUACUGAGUGGCAGGAUCGUUGAUUCUGAAGAAAGCCCGUCAGGACACAGCUGCAUCUCUUCAAAGAAGCGCCUUAGUUUCCAGGCCCUUUGCCCAAGUGGCCUUCAUCCCUCCUACCAGCAAUCUCAUACUGGUCAGCCUAACCAAGUCAGAUGAAGUCCCUCAGAGUAGAGAUGGACCUCCCUCAUCUGUGGCAGUCUCAUUCUGGGCAAAUUCCCUCAUCUGAGAUGUUGAGAUGUGGUGCUUCCGUCAGCCACACCAGGAGGAACUUGCUGAGGAGGAUCUAAGUAGGAAUGGUCCAGACUGGGACGAUCCUGUUUGAAGUGGCCAUACAGGACCAGCCUAACAAACAAAACUCAACCAGAUUAUCAAGUAGGCGUGCAUCCAGGGAUGCUUCUAUUAAAGCGGGCUGUCUCCUUCCUGACAGUAAGGUAAAACAGGAGUAAAACUAGGAAGUCAACAGAUGGACAUGGGGGCAUUAGAGAAGCAAAUGUAUUAAAAGCAAUUGCUGUUGUUCCUCGCUGACAUUUGUAAAUUAUCGGACAACUUUGCAGUGUAACGCAUGCAAGUCUUCCAGCUGUUAUGAAUAACCUCAAAUUAUUGUGUUUUUUAUCAAUACGUGCAAGGUGUAGACAGACAUAGCAUGUCUGAAGAUAAAUGUCACUAAUGUGGUGCAUUGGGAGAAUCCAGUUACCACUCACUUGGUAGGCGUGAAGAAAACUCCUUUCCUUUGAAUGAGAGAGGGAGAUUUAUUCUGUACUGGGCAGUGGCGCGGGGGGUGGAGAUGAUGUGUGAAGUAUUACUGUACUAUAAUGUUCAGGGAUUAUCGGCAUGUCAGCUUAAACACAUGCGUGAGGCAUGAUGUCACCAGUGAGUCCAGGUUACUUGGAUACAGCCAGUCACUUCACAAAUGCACGCGGUCACAUCGAAACAUCCAUCAAGGCAUGAUCUUCAGCUUGCGGUGUUUGGGGCUUGACGACGAAAGUAGCCCCGGUCAUGUUUUCGUUGUGUGUUUUUUUUUUUCUUUUCUUAGACUCGCAACCGUAUUCUUGAUGUCUGCAGGAUUAGUGGACUACACUAGUCAUCUGAAGCUAGUCAAAAAGGGACACAAGCAGAAGGGCGGGUAACUGAAUGUGAUUGGAUACUUUAGACAGGAAGUGCGAGCGAAUGGUCCGUGUCAAAAUAUGCUGAAGGAACAGAGCAUGUCUACUACUGUGGAAAUAGGCACUUUAUACCAAGGCAAAAUGUACAUGUUAUUGUGCACAAAAUUGUGAAUUUAUUUAUUUAUAAUUCAUUUGCACUUUUGUUUUAUCAAGGUGUUCUUUUUCUGUUUUUCUUACAAUGACAGGUAUGAAGAUGGUAGGAAAGUCCAUUUAAUGAGCAUUUGUAAAAUCAAAAAGAAAGUGUUUAUAGAUUAAAAAAAAAGUUUGAGACAAACUGAAAAAAAGUCAGUUUUCAUAAGUAAUUUAUUACAGGGACCAUUUUUGUCAAAUAAAAAAUAGAGUAGGUGGGUUUGUAUACCUAAGCAUUUUAUAGAGUUUAUACUGCAAUAGUAGGAUUGUAGUUUUCUCUUACAAGAAAACAAAAGAUCCAUUUCAGCACCCAACACAAUUUUUAUCAUAAAAUGUUUGAAAUUAUA